UGUCUGCCUCGCUGUUCACCAGAGAAGCGGAGAAAGUUAUUGAAGGUAUCAUGCCACAUAAGUGGGAGAACGAUAGGAAAAAGAGCAGCACCACCAGCUCUCUGAAGAUGGAUCGAAAGAGCAAUGCUGGGAACAGGAAGUCAAGAAAGUUUCGCUCCAUUUCUAGAUCACUUAUAUUGUGCAAUGCCAAAAACAGUGAUGAUGGGUCAAGUCCUGAUGAGAAAUGCCCUGAUCCCUUUGACAUCUCUACUAGCUGGGGUCAAGAGGAUUUUGACUGCUGCCCUAGAACACAACUGCAAUGCACAACAGAGACAGAAGACAGCCCACUUGAUCCUCCACGUGUGAUCACCAGCGUAGUCCAGUCCAAGGCUGCAGCAAAUGAGAACUGCAACAACAUGAGAAGAAAGUUACUCAUCAAGGACAGCUGCAUCUGCAGAUUGUGUACAACCACAGGGAACAGCAGCUCAGCAAUCAAGCUCUCUAGGAAUCCAAACUGUGCACCUCUCUGGAAAGGGUUCACAGGCUGCAAGGUACCUGCUGGAAGCACAGCAAACAGGGAUGGUUGUCUGAGCCCAAGGGACGAACUAUUAACACUAAAUGGACAAUCACUUAAAGAUCUGUCUGGCAAAGAGGCUGAAACUCUCAUUCAGUCAUCAACACGGCUGGUGAACAUAGUGAUGGCUAGCAAAGAAACGUCAACCUGUAAGGAAAGACCUUUGGAAAUACAAAACAGUUGUUUUCUUCACAGUAAAGCCACAUGUCAACGGACUCGCAGUAACUCAACCAGCAUAAACCCAUACUGGACAGGGGAGACAGACUGCACAGCACCCCGGAAAGCCGUGCCCUUCAGAGAUCGGCAGCCCCACGCUCUCCAUACCAGUCGGAAAUCACUUUCCCAACAGCUGGACUGCUCUGGAGGGAGAACCCCAGCAAUUUCAAGGCCGUCUAGAUCACUAAGUACAGCACAGCUAGUGCACACAUCUUGUGGCUCACAGGCUUCAGUAAUCUCAAACAUCGUACUGAUGAAAGGACAAGGGAAGGGUCUGGGCUUCAGCAUUGUUGGAGGGAAAGACAGCAUUUAUGGGCCAAUAGGCAUCUAUGUCAAAACCAUCUUUCCUGGUGGAGCUGCUGCUGCUGAUGGAAGGCUACAAGAAGGUGAUGAAAUCCUAGAACUGAAUGGAGAAUCAAUGCAUGGAUUAACACAUUAUGAUGCUCUACAAAAAUUCAAGGCCAAAAAGGGUCUUCUGACGCUUACAGUCCGGACAAGCUUCAGCACACCACAUUCUGCUUCCAGCUACUUGUCACCCCACUUAUGCCAGUCACUGAGCUCUAGUAUAUGCAUAACCAAAGAAAACAGCUCUUUCAGUUCAGAAAGCACAACAUUCUCAUUAAAUGCUACAAAGCCCAAUGACAGGGUAGUAAUGGAAGUUAGCCUCAACAAAGAGCCAGGUGUUGGCCUUGGAAUUGGGUUAUGUAGCGUCCCCUACUUCCAGUGUAUUUCAGGGAUUUUUAUUCACACCCUUUCACCAGGUUCUGUGGCGCAUAUGGAUGGGAGACUCAGGUGUGGAGAUGAAAUUAUUGAAAUUAAUGAAGCAUCAGUACAAAAUAUGACCCUUAAUGAAGUUUAUGCCGUGCUGAGUCACUGUGAUCCCGGUGCAGUGCAAAUUAUUAUCAGCAGACACCCUGAACCACAGGUAUCUGAGCAACAGCUAAAAGAAGCUGUUGCACAAGCUGUGGAAAGCAACAGAUUUGGAAGGGAUAGACACCAAUGGAAUACUGAAGGUAAGGAAAAACUAGACACAAGCUGGCAUGGAAGACACCCAUGUGAAAAACAUAUUGAAAAGAACGCUGCUUAUUGCAACCGCAGGGCACAGAAGCUAAUGACCCGCUCCAGCAGUGACAGCAGCUACAACCCUCGGUCCUUGUGUAAUAAUGGAGCUGCAUACCAACUGUGUGACUUGAAAGAAAGGGUACAUAGCAUUGAUGUACCAAUUACAAGACAGCCUGGCCUGCUGUACUCAUUGUCUGGAAAUAAUUUGGAGAGAAAUUCCCCUCCUACUUGUAGUGAAGGAGGUCGACCCUUGCAAAAUGCUAAGAAACCAACAGAGAUUCUUGUUAGAAAACCUAAAUCAUCAAAGCCCAAACCUCCACCAAGGAAAUACUUUAAGCAAGACUGCACAGGAAAUGACCAGUAUAAUGCAGACAGAAAUGAAAAGCUUGUAUCCGAAGUGGCUGUAUCACCUUCUGCAAACCUUCAGGAAGUUAGAGAACCAAUGCUAGAGGGACAUCAAACAGACGUAACUCACAGUGUCUUCACCACUUCUCCUACAGCAUAUCAUGCUGAACACACAGCUGCUGUUCCGGCGGGCAGAGAUCAAGAAAGAAAAGCAAAUUUAGGAAGUCUACUUUCAUCAAUACAAAGGCCUGUACUUAAGAGGCAAGCACGUGUAGAUUAUACUCUUGAUACAACAACAGAAGACCCUUGGGUUAAGAUUUCUGACUGCAUAAAAAGCUUAUUUAAUCCUACAAUGAGUGAAGACAACAGCCACUUAGAUUUGCAACCUGGCAUCAACACAAAUGAAGAAAAUCAAAACCGAAGCAGCUCAGAGGCGGUUCUGCAGAAAUCAGAAUCAGAAAUAGUCAGUUCAAAAGUGCUAAAAUCAGAUGAAAAUGACAUUGUGAAAAAGGGUCCUCCUGUUGCACCUAAGCCAGCCUGGUUUCGCCAAAGUCUGAAAGGACUGAGGAAAGCAAAUUCAGACCUGAAAACACAGGCAGAUCAAAGUCCUCCUGGCCUUCAGAGUAUUUCCACCAAAGAACUGCAAUCCAGUUUAUCCUGUCUCUCUUCCAGGGGAUCAUCAAUAAAACAAAGAAUAAGCUCAUUUGAAUCUUUGAGUGCUCCGCAGUCACCUGAAAAAGUACACCGAAGGCUUAGCCUGAAAACAUCUGUCCAGAAAGAGCACCCUCCCAGCCCAAAAGGGUCAGAGGGGUCUCCAACCCAUUUAAACCAAGCCUUUCUCCAAUGCUCAGAAAAUAGCCAACAACAGUCAAAGUCAUCUGUGGUGAUGGGUACAAAAAGCCUAGACAGAACUUCCUCUCCCAAGGAGGUCCUUGCAGCUAGCUCAGAGGAAAACAACAAUGCCAACUCUGAAAAUUCCUCAGGCCUUUCAACUACAGAAGCCAUUACAACUUCCCGUGCAUUAUCAGUAACAAAAGCACAUAACCUAAGAUCACGAAGCUUUCCACUUACCGCUACCCAGUCCUGUGAGAUGAUGAAGACAUACGAUGAAAAAUAUAGCAAAAUCUAUUCCAUCAGUAGCCAGGUGUCAUCUGCUUUAAUGAAAUCUUUGCUUUGCCUUCCUCAGUCCCCAGUCCCUUCGGGAAACAGUGCAUGGGAAGCUCUGGAAACCUUGUCUCAGUCCUCUGUGGAAGAGGAUGGGACUUCUCUCUUACCUGCAAGUGAGAAUCAUCACAUGGAUACUGGAUUUUCUCUAAACCUUUCUGAGUUGAGAGAAUACACUGUGAGCUUAGCAGACAGCGAGAAAGAGGAAGAGAAACAGGAACACGGCUCACCUCAAGCAUCCGGUGUGUCAGGGCAGUCCGUCAUCUCUCUGCUUUCCCCUGAGGAGUUAGCAAAACUUAUAGAGGAAGUAAAAUCAUUAGAUGAAGCAACCUUAAAGGAAUUUGAUGAUAUUCAUGUUACAAUUUUGCAUAAAGAGGAAGACACUGGGCUUGGAUUUAGCCUGGCAGGGGGCGUUGAUCUAGAAAACAAAGUGAUAACAGUUCAUAAAGUGUUUCCCAAUGGACUAGCAUCUCAGGAAGGAACCAUUCAGAAAGGAGAUGAAGUACUGUCCAUUAAUGGAAAGUCCCUUAAAGGUGCAACUCACAAUGAUGCCUCAGCAAUUAUGCGACAGGCUCGACAACCCAGACAAGCUGUUGUCGUCACUAGAAAAGCUAAAGAUGGAGAAAAAAACAGCAUUUCAAUUGAUUCUAGUACAUCUUCAGUAGCAAGUGAUGCCUCACAAGACUCUGCAACUGAAGAUACAAUCUGCACUGUAACUCUAGAAAAAACACCUGCUGGUUUGGGAUUCAGUCUGGAAGGAGGGAAGGGCUCUAUUCAUGGAGACAAACCCAUUGUCAUCAACAGAAUAUUUAAAGGGACUGCGUUAGAACAAAGCAGCACCGUUCAGCCUGGUGAUGAGCUAUUACAAGUGCACACAACUGCCAUGCAAGGACUCACUCGUUUUGAAGCAUGGAAUAUAAUCAAGGCAUUACCUGACGGGCCUAUCACAGCUAUCAUCAAGAGAAGGAAUCCAAGCUCUGUUACCACCAAGGCAUCUGAAACUUUGUAAGAGGAGUUAUUAGACUACUGCCAAUAUUACCAAAAAAUAAAGAAAAAAAUGGGGUGUAGGGGAUUAUCAUUUGGCUAGCAGAGCAAGAUAUUCAGAAAGAAUAUAUGAAAAGUACAUACAAUUUUACUGGCAGAUACAGAGAAAGCUGUUCGGGAUAAAAUGUGAAGAUGUGCACAAAACAUGCAGUAUUAUUAUUUCAACAUUCAGAAGUGGUUGUUACAAAUCGUAGAAUGAUAAAAAUGAUUUAUUAAUAAUAUACUGGUUGUAAUAAAAUGUGACGGCUAUAGUAAGUACUCUCCUAUUUUAAGCCAUUAACUUAAAUAUCAGAAGCACAUUCUAUGGUUAAGUAUUCAGUUCUGUUCUGCUGUUUUUGCUCCCUGCCUUACCUUCACAGAAGGAGGGAAAGCCAACAACUAAACACUGCAACACAGGAUGCAUAAAAGGCAGAGAAAGUGGGAUGCAUCUUAGUGUAUCAAAACUAAAACGUGCCCUGAGAAACUCCAGCUUUUCUAUUCAAACUGCAGAACAGCCAAAAACUAACUAGGGUAACUUUCUACUAGCAGUUGAAAGAGACAUCUUGACUCCAGCAGGCAAACACAGGGGAGCAUCUCAUCGUAUUGCACGGGUGAGGCUGGAAGCUGAGGGUAAUACAGUGGAGGUUCUCCCAACCUUCCUCUGGCCAGACAUCUCAGAGUACUAAAGUGGGAGAGCAACAAGGCCAUUUAGAACCAAGACUUACCUUCUGACCACACAUGUAUUUUGAAAUAUCUCUGCUAGUUUUGUAAGGAAAAGUGCCAGUGUUUCUGAAUUAAACCUUCCAAAUCCAUAUAUUUAUUCUAGAAACACUAAAUAACUUGGACACAAAUCUAUACUUCAAAUGCUGCUAUCAGUAUUCUGGGACUGAUCUCCAAACACUGUAUGGAAUCCUACAAACAGCACGUGCACCUACAGGAAGGCGAUCUUGUGCACCCUUUGGUUCUCUCUAAACUGUUUCUCUCAAGGGAGACAAACAACACCAGGAUAGAAGUAUUCAUUCACUAGUUGAAAGCCAUAUGGCUACACUGGUUGUCAUCCUUGGCUGCUCACCUUCCCCAUAUUCUGGGAAUCUGCUGCAUCCUUCUAAGGUUACACAGGGGAGUCCUCCAAGAUCUUACAGGAUGAUCUUCACUGGGACAUUUGCAUCUCCAAUUUGGCAUAGCAGAAGACUGAAUGUUAAGUGCUCUUAAUUCCUUCUGAAUAGAAAACACUGAGCACUCAGAGAAAGGAUCCUCAAGUUAUUCCAAUGAAGAGAUUCACCUAUCACCUUUAUUGUUCAGAGUAAUAUAAAAAUAUAACAAAUAUACAAUAAAUAGCUAAUAAAAGGCUCCCACUGUCUGCAAAAGGUUUACUUGCAGGAAUAAUCAGUGGUGAUGUGAGCUCUGCUCUUUGAACUUUUUACUAAUUAAUCAUAAUCCUGCAAAGAUCUGCCCAGAUAUCAAACUUCAUGCCCAACUAAAAACUAUAGUAUAUUUACUUAAAUACAUACAAACCUCUGUAAUAUCAGGCCCCAAUCUCUCCUCAGUGAAUGUAUUACCCUUCUUUAAGCACAGAAAGCAGCAAUCUAAAAUGGAAAUACGGACCAACCACAGACCAAAACACCUAGUGGGGAGCGCAAACAGGAGUGAAAGCUCUUCUCUGCCUUAUUGCAUUGAAUUCAGAAAGAUGCUGGAGGUCUGAGUGUCUCUUUAAGUUUCUCUGUGCAGGUGAAUGUGGAGCAAUUUUAGAGAAUCAUUCAGGAAAACAACAAGACAGCAAAAAAAUAUUUAUUUCAUCAUACUUGUACGGAUUUUUACAUCUUUCUUUGCAAAAGAGACUAGAUUAAAAAUUGCUUCCUUUAAAAAUCUAUUCCACAGGGUGAAAAUGACAGUGGAAAACUUUGUAUGCAAAUCUAUACCCCAUACUAAAUAUAAAACAAAUACAGAACAGCAAAGCAUAAUAACCUUGUUAAAUAACCAAAUUACAGCAUUAAAAUCACAACCUACAUUUAAAUUUCUAAUACAGCAAUUUAUUUUCCUUUUGUAAUUAUAUGUAACCAUAAUAAUGUCUGACACUCCUGCAGUAACCAGAAGCAUAAAUAUUUUCAAAAGCUGCACACAUCACUACACACUAGAUCAGGAGCUGAUUUCCCAAGAUAGUGCUGUGAGGUAAACCAGUCUUAGACAGAAAGAAAUGUCCUUAUAGGCUGUCAAGUCACUACUGAGCUACAGAAAAGAUUAUUUACCCGUUAAGACCUCUCACCACAAAAAACGGUAAAAUGUUUAAAAUACGUGAUCAUUACAAGUGCAGUUAAAAAUAGCAAGUAAAGUGCUUAAUGCUCAUUAUUUAUUGCCCCUGUGUCAGUGCAGUUUGGUUCAUGACAUUACGGAAAUCACUGGUUUUGGUAGAGGGAAGGAAAGAGGAGUGUCUAUGUGUCAACCAACAGACCUAUGAAUUGAUUUGCACUGCUAGAUCUUGAUUUAGGAAAAGAAGCACCUAAGAUAUAUUUACCAUGAAGACUACCUGUUAUCUGUGGGAACAAAAAAGUAGAUCCUA